AUGCCUCCAGUUGUGGUUUCUAUACUCAUCGAGAGAGCUCUUCAAGACCUAAAGGAACAAAAUCCCCCUGACUUCAACCUAGAGGUCUUCUUGCUUGUGGAAAAAAACACAUCGAAUAGAUUUCUUCCUGUCACUACAAAACCAACUACGAACGUUGCUAUGGCUUUUUUGUUUCGUUCUAAUUGGCCUCGAACAUUUGAUCAUGUAGGAAACUUUGGAGUCUACACGCGACAUGAUCCGGCUUUUGAAUCAAACAACCUCACUGCCUUGGUCUCUGUGAAGCUUUCACCAAAAGGGCACCUUGGAAAUCUGACGGAAUCGUGUUUCCUUAAAAAUAUUCAAUCUCGGCCCGAUGGGAUUGGGACCCAGGUUGUAUUGAGCUUGGAGUCCGUGGGGCAUUUCUCAACGCAACGCUUGCGACAUGAUUAUCACCUCCUUCAAUGCCAAAAACGGAAUCUUUCAAGGCCAUGGAUCCAGAUUGCGAACUAUCGAGAGGCAAUGAUAUAUAAUCCGGAGCAACAAACACUUUCGGAUACUUCACCAUGCUGCCUUCUAGACGUCGCGACGAAUCCCGAUCACCAUCUGCUUGGGUCAAUCCAUGAGCGCCGCUUUAAAUCCAAUAGAUCUCACUUAUGGAGCGAUGAUCACCGCUCCUGCGGGAAAAGCGCAAUUUUGUUUGAUGAUUUCUUCCUUUCUAAGCUCCCUAGGAAUGUUUCUCUGCAGCUCUUCCAACUCAUAGAAAAGCUCCCUGCUGGCACCCAUGUAUGCGGAUGCUGGAAUAAAUCAUCAGGCAGACCCCUAAAUGCUCUGAACACGGAGUUGGAAUGCAAGAAGACGAAGGUAUUAGAUGAUCAUAUCCAGGAAGUCAAAACUUCGGAGCGAAUAUCUAUGUCUUCGGGCUCGGAUUCCAAACACACGCCAAAAAUCGUGUCCAAAUACCCAUCAGCUUCCGUAAUAGAGUUGCUUGAGCAGGGGCUUCAUGGUGGUUCCUCGAACAAAUGUUUUACCAGUCGACACUUGAAUCUAGAUCCUGGAAGUGACCUGAUUACUUCCUCAGCCGCGGCGGUGUUGGCCGAAAAUAGACUUUCAUACCGACUUUUGCUUCGAAGAUCCUUUUUGGCGAUAUCAAUGUCUUACAACAAAAACAAAACUUUCUCAGCCCCCUUUCUACUGCUCCGAAGCUACCACUCUUUUGCCUCAUCCGCUCUAGAGGCGCGGUCGGACUUUCCCGACCUGGCCGGUGGACUCGCUCCUUCUGGUUUGCCCACCUGCGAUAAAACGCUUUCCAGGUCUUCUCCUGCACGUAGUCAGCUGCUAAGAUGCUUCCUUCUUGACCUCUCCUCUACCAUUAAAGAGGGUAUUUCAAAACCUGAGCGGAAAUUCCUAUGGAGAGAUCCAAAGCCAGAAGACUUUGGAGGCAAGGCAUACAACAAAGUGCACACACUAUCCGACAUGAGAUCCAAUGAGAGACGGAGAACCUCAAAUCACCCAGCGAACACAUCACGAGUUUUGGAAAUUGGCUCUUCAACGGCUGCAGCCUUCCUAACUACUUGCCGUCGAAGAAAAUUGCCUAAAUCUAGGAACAUGAGAAUCUGGACUAAAAUCUCCGGAUUCCACAUGCCAUGGACUCGCAGUCCUGAGCCGCAAUGCUAUUUCCAGGAGUCCCCCCAAACAACCAAUUUCUUGGGUUUUGUCAUGGGUGGAUUUGCUUUGUUUCCAGCCUAG